GGGCGCUGCGAAAGUGCAUCGGGCUGAUGAGCGCGCGGACCCUCGUGCUCGGCCAGUGCCGCGCCGGCGGGCAGGAGCUGCGAGGCUGCAGCCCACGACCGUUCCAGUCGUAUUUGGAUCACCUGCUCGGGCUGCAUUGCAUCCGCGCGGGGACCUGGCAGCCGCUGCAGCAAGCCCGCCCGCGGUUUCGCGCAGCGCCCCAGCGGGCGACCGAAGGUCCAGUGGCCGAGGGGCGCUACGUCGCGACGCCGCUGGCCUCUGCCUUCCUGGCGGAAGCAGGCGAGGGCGGCGCGGGCAACGGGGGCCGGCGCGGCGCGUGCCAGGCCGCGCCUUGUCAGGGCAGGCCGUGCCAGUGCGCGAACGGCCAGGGCCAGGCGCCGGGCGGCGGGAAGAUCUGCGCCGCGCGCAAUUCCAAUGUGGCCAGGUGUGGCCCGGAGAAACGCCGUUUCCACCGCGUGUGCUCGCUCUGCCUUGCGCGAGGCCACCCGCGACGCGAGUGCAAGGGGGCCGCCCGCGGGGCCGACUCGCGG